ACUGCUGAUGACGAAAUUCUUUAACUUUAAAUUAUUUUUUCUUUUUUUACUCCCUUCUAAUCUUCUUCUACUUCUCCUGCCUGCCAUUUUUAUGAAUACCAUGAGAGCAUCUCAACCCACGUUCUUCUUUUUCUUAUUACAGCAAGAGAGAGAAACAAACCACAAGUAGAAAAAGAUGAGUAACCAACAAGAUAAAUUGUUACAGAUUCCAUAUAACUGAAGCAACAAACAAAACAAAAUAAAAUAGUUUUGAGAGAUCGAGUUAGUAGUACAAAUUCACUUGCAAGAUAUUUAUUUUUUUGGUAGCUGUAAAUUAUAAUAGUUUCUCUUCACGAGAUGUCUAGUUUGAUUGGCAAUUCCGGCGGUGGUGGCGGUGCUGCUGCUGCUGCUGCUGCAACUAGUACUAGUACCAGUACCACUGGUGUCAACAAUGAAAGUGGUUCGAUGAAUGUUGAUUUCCCAGAAAAUGAGAGAUUAAGAAUCACUGCAGGUGGUCUAAGUGAAGAAGGUGACCGGAAUUCAAGCGGUGGAAGUCGGUGGCCUCGCCAAGAAACUAUGGCUUUGUUAAAGAUAAGGUCGGAUAUGGAUGUUAUCUUUAGAGAUUCAACUCUUAAAGGCCCACUCUGGGAAGAAGUUUCCAGAAAAUUGGCAGAUCUUGGGUACCAUAGAAAUGCAAAGAAAUGCAAAGAGAAGUUUGAGAAUGUCUACAAAUAUCAUAAAAGAACCAAAGAUGGAAGAUCUACAAAACAAGAUGGCAAAACCUAUAGAUUCUUUGAUCAAUUAGAAGCUUUAGAGAAUCAAUUCCCCUCAUCAUCAUCAUCGUCACUCCCGGCAGAUAUAAAGACUCAAGCUUCAUCAUUACCUGCUGCAACAUUGAUGGCACCCACGGAUCCAAUUAUUAUUACUAAUUCAUCCCAACCCACCACUAUUACUACUGCUAUUCCAAUUCCAUCUAAGCUACCAAAUAUUAGUACCACUGAAUUUAUGACGACUUCACCGUCAACCUCUUCUUCUAUGUUCUCGUUGGGCGGUGAAGACUCGGAAGGUACCCCGACGCAAAAUAAGAAAAGGAAAUUGACGAUUUUCUUUGAGAACCUAAUGAAGGAAGUUAUACAAAAGCAGGAAACGUUGCAAAAGGAAUUCUUGGAAGCUAUAGAGAAAUAUGAACAUCAACGUAUGGUGAGGGAAGAGCAAUGGAAGAUGCAAGAAUUAGCGAGAAUUAAUCGAGAACACGAGAUUUUAAUCCAAGAAAGAUCUAUUGCUGCAGCGAAAGAUGCGGCUGUUAUUGCAUUCUUGCAGAAAAUGUCAUCGUCAUCAACAUCUCAACAACCUACACCUAGUAAUAAUAAUAAUCAGAUAAUUCCAGUGCCAUUACAGGAGCCGGAGAAAAUUGAUGACAACCCGCCACCAAUAAUAAGGCCAUCAUCAGAUAAUAACAACAAUAAUGGGAAUAAGGAUGAGAAUAGUUUUCUUCCGAGAAUUAGUUCUUCGAGAUGGCCAAAGGUUGAGAUUGAGGCUUUGAUUAAAAUGAGAACGGACCUUGAGGCGAAGUAUCAAGAUAAUGGUCCUAAAGGGCCAUUAUGGGAGGAGGUUUCAACUGGAAUGAAAAAACUAGGAUAUAAUAGAAAUGCCAAGAGGUGUAAAGAGAAAUGGGAGAAUAUUAACAAAUACUACAAGAAGGUGAAAGAGAGUAACAAGAAAAGACCAGAAGAUUCAAAGACAUGCCCGUAUUUUGAUCAACUUGAAGAACUUUAUAAACAGAAAAACAAUAGAAGAGCUAUUCUGCAUAAUAACUCGUCGUCUGAACCACAACAACAAACACCAGAGAAAGGACAAGAGCAAGAACAAGAUCUUGAUGAUAUUGAUGGAGAUGAAGAUGAAGGUGAAGAUGGGUAUGAGGUUGCGGUACACAAGACAUCAAUGGGAACUGCUGCUGAUUGAUGAUGAGUGAAUGACUGAACCUUAGACGUGGCCUGGCCUAUUUGAUAGAGUUUGUCGGAUGUGAUUAUGUACAUGGGACAUGAUAAAAGGGUAACGAAGCUUCAUUUUAUAAUCUGAAUUCUGAAACAACAUGUGGGUAUACUGGAGUGUGAUUUAUAUAGUUCAGGAUUUCAAGCUAUUUUUUAUUUAUUUGUUAUCUUAUGAAUAAAGUGAUACUAAGAUGUUAGUGAUAAAGAGUCCACGAGAAUUAGUAAUAAAAAAACAAUCUAUGAUAAACUUCAUGAUUAUCUUAA